AUUUAUCUACUUAGAUCACUUAAGUUUACCUGCUUGGUGAGGUAAUGAUUACUUACGGAACUGCACCUCACGUCUAAUUCAUCUAUUAUUCAGAUGAGCAGAGAAUGACUAAGCACUGAUUGAUGCGCUGGCCAUGUCUACCUGGGCAAUUACAGGAUGACUCCCUCGACUCCCUUUCCUCGAAGAACCAACCACACAUCUAGCGGGAUAAUCAUAGCACUUAAACAGGCACCUUCUACCUAAAUGGGUGCAGUCUGGGGCAAGGGUGCUAGCACACGAUUGGCUGGCAGACUCCAAGCCAAAUGGGCAAUAUCCUCUGAAAGCUAGCGGAAUCGCAGCGCAGACCAAGAAACCCAUGUCUACUAACCUCCGAGACAACGGGCCAACAAAUACCCCAUCCAUCUAUCCCAUGGCUUCUAUUCGCAGGCUACGAUACUCAUGUUUGACUCCGUAGCGUCCUUUUGGUUCUGCUCUUCCAACCUUGGUUCGAGUGUCUUUCUAGACACUAGCAACCCGCCGCCUCGCUCUGCUCUCCCGCCAUCUCAGUUCUCCCUCAUAACGGCUGUGGAGAACAUCAACUCCUGUUACCAACCAAGGAACACCACUUUCUCAUGGUUAGGCGGCUUGCAUCAGACUAAUGCCAUCUGCAACACCGCCCAUUUACUCGAUGGCGUCGCCGUCGAGUCGGAAACGUAGGCGAGACGAUAAUGGGGAGGUACAAAUACCAUUCAGUAAUUCGACGCUCGAAGCCUCUCAGAACCUUCUCUCCACCAUAAACAACAAUGAACGAUUCAUCAUACCUUCGAACAGAGGCCCAACAUCGCUCUUCAGUGUCCCCCGAAAAGCCAUUGCCCUACCCGUGAGCAAGAAAUUUCGACUCGUUGAUAACAGCCAACGUGAGCAACCACACAACCAUAGCCUUCACCAUAACGGCAAUCUACCAUCCACCCUAUCACAAUCACAGCAAUCCCACUAUUCUCAUGGUCAUCCCGAGCUACCUUCAACCCCCUCUGCAUCUCCACAUCUCACCCACCUUUCUACCACCAAAACAAAUUCGUCAACUUUUCUCAAUCCUUGCCACAUAUGUCACCGAAAGCCUACUAAGAAAUCCGACCUCGAUUCCUUUGCCGAUUGCAUGGGCUGCGGUGAACGAGCAUGUUAUGUCUGUAUACGUGCCUGCCAAGGCUGGCUACCGACAAAUGAUGGUGACGCCACUAGAGAGGAAGAUCUAUCAGCAUCAUUCACCAUGCAGGACAUAGACGAUGAAGAGAGCACUUCUCACCGUACAGAAAGGGUGCCAGAUGUACAAAAGCCUGAACAGAGGCAGAAGAAAGGCGAAGGAGGGUGGAACGGUGAAGGCCACUGUAGCGUCAUCUGCAGCCGGUGCUGUGUCGAAAGCGGUGGUGAAGGCGAUGUCAUUUGCUUAGGAUGCUUAGCUGGCAUGAAAGGGGCCUAGAACACCCCCAUGAGCGAAACAAUCCAAUGAAUAGAAGGAAAGCCAAGUCCUGAUGUUAAUGGGCAACAUUGAGGCCAGAUGGGCCGGGGAGAUAUCCCGGGGAUUGCAUGAGUUGAUGAGACACCACGAAGAGCAUUACUAGAGCAUCAAGGCAGCAGCCUCCGACCACCGCAUCACACGUCGUCAUCGCAAUUGGAGGCGUUUAGACGGAGUUUAUGGACCUUUUCGUUGAUUUUAGUAUGUCUCUGGCAUACGUAGCAUGGCGCGGAAUGACACGUUAUGAGAUAUUAGGGGUGUUGUUCGAGUUUAGAUACCACAAAUAUGUUGCUUGGCGAGAUGCAUAUAUAGCGCCAAGCACUCGCUAUACAUAUAAGGAGGGAGAGGAAGCACCCAUGUGGACGCAAGUGCGGUUUAAUACUAAUAAAUACGAUCAAAUAAUGAGACUAUAAUGUCACGUUGGCUGAGUUUCGAUAACUUUACAUGCGUUUCAUGAACACAUGAAGGGAAUCUCGUUGAGGUACAGAGAGCACAUGGAGACCACUGUAUAUAGAUAACUCUCAACGUUCAAAUCAAGAGAACACAGAAUAUAAGCAUAUGCGAAGU